AUGGAGAGCGAGGUCCUAAGUGAGAGCUCGAGCACCAUCGGUGAUGACUGGGUAAAAGACGCCAACGGAAGCGGAUCUGCAGAUUCCUCGUCCGUGCGCGAUGUGGUCGACGUCUUGAAGGAGUUCAGCUCGGUUGAGGGCUCACCGGUGCAAAAAGAAAGCGAGUUGCAAGCGAGGAAAUGGAUUCGCCUCCUCGGCAUGGCAAAUCGACCUGACCCCCUCUCCGACUGGGAUCAGCUCUACAACCUCAAAAGUCAAAGCCAAUUACGAAAUGACUGUCGCAUUCUGGCAAAACAAACUGGGAACACCAAAUCCGUCCCUGAACUUGAGUCAUUUUUGACGUUGUACUGUAAGAAAAGGAAUAUGGACUACGAUAAAGAUUCCGGCUGGACUCUCGUACUGGAAAAGCUGCUAAAGUUUGACUACCCGAUGGAGCACUUGUUCAACAUCUUCUUCGGGUUGACGACGAAAUAUAUGCCAAGGGAAACCAAGCCGGGCGCUCAGGUAUUUGACCUGUUCCGACUCCUCCUACAGUACCACGAACCGGAGUUGUCGUCGCAUUUGGAGUCUAUUAAGUGCUCCCCACACACUUAUACCAGGACCUGGUUUGCCUCCCUCUAUGCCUGCGCAGUUGAUGAUAAAUCUUGCGGUGUACUUUGGGACUUGUACAUAGAAAGGGGCGAUCCCUUCCUCGUCUUCUUCCUCGCCCUGGCGAUGACCAUCAACGCGAAGGAGCAACUUUUAGCAUACACGAAAGAUCAGCGGGAGGAAGCCGUCAAGCUCCUCUCCGAACUUCCGAAAAGCCUGACGGUAGAUGACAUCCCGGAUUUCAUCGAAGUCGCCUUGUACUAUUCGCUCCGGACACCGCAGUGCUUGAGAGAGGACUUCCACGGAACCCUCUUCGGAGCGAAUCUACUCGACGAUUUUGCCGAAAAAUCGAUCAAACAAAGAAUAUCCUUGUCGGUGACGGCCAACGAACUCUUGCGGAAAGAUUUGAAUACCGCCAUUGAAGCGAUGCUCCCCACCUCGUAUUUUGUCAUCGAUUGUCGAAGUGAGGAGGCAUUUCGGGCUGGCCAAGUCUACGGAUCAUUCAAUCUCGAUGCCCAAUUGUUUGUCGACGCCCCUGAACACUUUGCGAUGGCACAUAAGGCCCAAGAGGAGUACAAAUCGGCUCAACACCCGGAGGAUCACUACUGCUUUCUAGGCUACGGCGACCCCGAAAAAGACCAAUUUAUGAACAUGGUGAUCUCGAAAUUCUUGAGGGACGGAAAGAUGCAUGUUUCGUACUUGGAGGGCGGUUAUAAAGGACUCCACCAAAUGCUCACGGAAGCCGGGCGACUACGCGUCAUUUCUUCGCACGAUCCCCCGCGAUGUCCGGAAUGUAAUACCGGAAGCCCGACGAAAAGCACAUGGGGUCUUGUCGGCAUGAUGAAAAAUGCAAUGAUCAACAAAUCAGCGGCUGUUAAAGAAAAGGUCCAAGAACUCGUCCAAACCCCGCCCCCAGAGUCAUUCCGGCAUGCCGACACGAAGGAUAGGCAUGGCAAGAAGUACAAGAGCGAAAAAUCCGUAUUCUCGCUCGAUGACGAUGGCAGCGACGACGAACCCUUCGCGUUAAAACCCGGAAAAGCCAAGCCGGACACGGAAAAGGCAAAAGUAUCGCUAGAGUCAUAUCUGGCCCAAGCCGAUGUGCUAGAAUGCUUUGAAUGUCAGGAAGUGAUGAAGGGCGGCCUUUUGAUACCUUCACAUAUCGCGCUAACUCGCACUCAUAUGCAUAUCCUUCAUGAUGUCCUUGGAACGUCCGGCGUCGUUACCACUGAAUUCCGCCAUCCCCUCCAAACUGUCAUCCGCGUUACCAGCAAAAAGAAAUUCCCCGAAAUCCUCACCUUCAAGUUUGGCUACGAAGUAUCGCCCGGAGAGAAUACUAUUAAUGCGUCGCACAGAUUCCUCGUCCCAAAGGCUGGCGAAUCACAGAUGACUUCUGUCGUUUCGGAAGAUAUCACGUUCCCCUGGGGACAAAAUGCUAACCCACUCGAGCAGCAGACCGGCCAGUGGAGGACGGCGAUUUUCGAGGAUAUGCAAGAAUCUCUCGACGGCAACAAGCUCUACCACCUCUACGAACCGCAAACGGAGCAGGAGGCCGGAAACAACCCGAAAUCCCGUGACAAGUGCAUCGUGCCGUUUGACACAAUCUCUCGAUGCUUCAUGCACCCCAUUUGGUUGCCGCAGGCUAACGGUCGCGGCAAGUUCCUGUUCUCCCUGAAGUGCCCAUCGCAGGCCGGCGGCACCGCCAUGAUCCUGGUGACCGAGUCGAGCAGCUACGAGGGACAGACCAGGCUCCACAUCUGGCGUCUCGACUUUGACCAGCAGGGCACCAGCAUCACCGGCUGCCGCCCCAUCAGUGACGUCAACACCGGAAACGGCGGCGCCUACAUUUGCACGAUGCGCGAGGACGCCCCGGAAUGUAUCGUGUUGUACAGCCCUGGAUUGAAUGUAGCCACCGUGAACUGCAUGUCCGACUACCCGAUCUCACCGGAAAGCUUCCAAGUUUACGGCGCCGAUCUGUCUCACUUCUACGAUGGAUUCUUGAAUGCUGGAUCAGUGUAUCUCCUCUCCGCCUCCCCGGACGAGCAUCUCGACUAUUCUCGUGUGCACACGCUGAACCUGCAGAGCCGGCAGAUCAAUACUCACCAGUGCCGUGGUGACCCGUCUCGCGGAUUCCCGCCGGCCCGAAAGCAGGCUGGAUUGGCCUCGGUUCCUGGCUUCAUCUUGCUGGCCGGUGGCGAGGUGGCCGAUCAGUACAACGUGCAUCGCCUGCAGGACUACUGGGUGCUGAACUGCGACACGUUCGAGUGGACCCAAGUGCCCGCAUCGAUGCCGUGCCCCCUCAUCGAGCCCCGCAUCACUACAUGCAAUUCGGGCAAAGUCUACCUUUGGGGCGACCACGAUGUGCCGCUCCCCGGCAUGUCACAGCAGGGAACGCAUCUGCGCAUUUUGAAGGUGUCCGGCAUGGAGAACUACAAGACGCCUCCCCCCGUCAUACGACCAAAGCGCCGGCCAUUCCGUGCCCAGCUAUCAGCAAAACAACACUCCCACGCCUCCCGCCUAUCCGUCGUACCAGCCGAUGGGUGGACAACAGCAGCCCGCGCCGCAGAUGGGCUUCAACACUGGCGGCAGCAGCCCGGCGGUACGGCACCCUAUGGAGGACAGCCGAGCUACCCGACACAAGGCGGCAGCUACCCCCGUCAGGACUACGGCGGCAACCAAGGAGAGUAUCAACCCGGCCCGGCUCCCGGCACCCAAGCCUACUACCCCCCGCAGAAGAAGGACAAGGAUUGCUCCAUCAUCAGGCCAGCACGUCGUUAUACGCAGCGCCAAGUCUUCUCGACGGCACGUCGAUAUUGUCAUUCCAAGCGCGUGGCCGACGACGAACGC